CUGUGAUUUGUGAUUUAAUUAUUCUGGAUGGUGUUUUUUGUUGGAUGAGUGCAGCGCAUUAUGAAAAAGUGUGGUGGUGCUAUGCAUGUAAAUAGGCCUAUUCCUAAUAUUUCUGAUUUUUUAUAAACUUUGUAUUACUAGCGCUUAGGCAUAGGCCUAGCCUACUUAGUAUUUUACCAACAUGGAAAGACAGCAAGAAAUAAUUUCAAGAAAUGAGUACAUCAAAAACUUAAAUACAUUUUUGGUGACAGCAAAGAACAUUCUUGGAGAUACACUAUGCAAACUGAACUGGAAUGAAAGUGAUACAAUUGUCAAGAGCACAGCAAAACCCUUGGUUGCUUGUCCGUUAGAUGAAGGCCAUCGAGUUCCUCCAGGAAAUGUGGAAAAGCAUCUGGAGCUGUGUAAGUGGCAUCGGCAAGGGUAUCGGGAUGAUGACGUACCGCUCCCCUCUCCACCUGCAAGAUUACCAAUCUCAUCAGUUGUUAUUGAUAAAACUACACAAAGAGACGUGAUAUUAAGAGCUGCACAGAAUGAUCCUUCGUUGAAAAUAGGGGAGAAUGUAAUGGACAGAGAAGUGCCACAAACAUCGGACAGGCUUUGCUCCGACUUCACCACAGACGAGAGGAGAGUCCUGUAUGACUACGCAGUGUCCAGAACAGCUGGUACUGUGCCACAGCUGAAGGAAUUCAAUCUUACGAUGAAGCCUGAAGGACAGUCAACUCCAAUGACCAGAGAACAGUUGAUGGCCGCAGAGAGGGAUGCUAAACGACGCAGAGUCAAACAUCGGACUGCUAAAGUUCACACUAAGAGCAAGAACUACUCUGAGGUUUUAAGGCAAGUAAUCAAUAAUCAGAUGUUAGCUUAUGAAGAUUGGAUUCGAGACAACUUUGGAGAUUCUGAUGUCCCAGAGGCAGAUAAACCAGAGAAGAAUUCCGAGGAAUUGAAACAAGAAAAACAGGAAAUGGUGUGGCUUGACUGGGACUUCCGUGGUAACCCCCAUACAAGGUGGAAAUACAUUUUAGAAAAGGAAAAGAGGCGGAAAGAAAGAGAAGAGAAAGAUAAUAGAGGCGAUAAAGAUUCAAAGAAAGAUUAUGAAAGAAGGAGGGACAGAGAGGAAAGCAAUUCAAGAAAAUAUCAUAGAGUUGAAUCAAGAAAAAGAGAUUAUGAUGAUGAAAGAAGAGGUAAGCAUCGUCAUCACGACUCAGACCGUGAAGAUCGAAGGGGAAGAGAUGAUGAUAGACACAGGAGGAGAGACAAAAACUAUGAUAUGCCAUAUAGAGAUAAAAUACGAAAUGAAUCAACUAGUAGAGAUAGUAAUUUUUCCAGAUACAAAGGCACAAGUGAAGAAAAGAAAGAUGAGAAAUACAGAAGAGAUAGUUGGGACAAAUCCAAGUAUACGAAGAGUGAAUGUAGAGAAAGGUUCAAACAAGAAGAUGAUUAUAGGUACGAACCAAUUGAAAAACAUUCAGGAAAGGGAUCAGGGAAUCAUAAAGACAAAAGUAUUGAUUCUAGAAUUAGUACACAAAAUGAUAAAUAUGGUGGUAGACUGGAACAAGAUGAAAGGUCCAAAGAAAUAAAGUCAGAAGAUAAUGGUGAGUAUGUAAAUACAUCUUAUGAGUCUGAAUUAGUGAAAAAAGAAACGUUCGCAGAAAGCACAGAUUCUGACUCUUCCAGUGAUUCUAGUUCAUCUAGUUCCUCCAGAAGAGAUAAGAAGCGAAAGAAGUCAAAGAAAAAACAUAAGCAUAAACAUAAAAAGAAGCACAGAAAGCAUUGAAGUCAAGAUCGAGUAAUUUUUGUAGACUAAUCUGUUAUUUUUUUAAAUAA